AUGCAACAAGGCAACUCCUCUAACGGUUCACCACCGCCUACCAUGCCCAUUGAACAUUUGACACAGAAUUCCUCAUAUAAUGGGGUCGUUGUUGGCCGCCCAGAUAUGUCCAAUUAUUCGCUGCUGGCACGGCAAUAUCGACUGUACUUCAUUGUUGCGACAGUUUUAGCUUUCAUACUGUUCUGCAUUACCGUUUUACUGGCCAUCCUUCUUUACGGCAAAAUUCAUUAUCUUGACAGUAUGGAAGAUGAACUUGAUUUGUGCCGCGCUUUGCGAGACAACAGUAACGACAAACUAGAACUAAGGGCUGCUAAGAUUCGUCACGGGUUCGAAACUAUCUCAUUUUCGUGUCUCCUUCAUCAUUUGCCUUUUCACAGUUAUAUGCUGUUGUUUUCAAUCUUGUUUUCGAUUAUUCUCUCUUUUCCAAUGCAGUUUGUGAGACAUGGACCGUACAUGAUCGACAUCGCUGAGCCAUUUCAGCCAUUCUCAUCAAAAUUCUUUUAU